AUGCCACUUUUCUCUCCUCUUUUUUCCUCAUCUCAAAGCUACAACCCGUGGAGACGGAGAGAUUAUUUAGAAGAUACUUCCUCAGACAGAUCAUCACCGGUUGGCUCAAUCGGCACAUCACCAACUAUGCCUCCUGCAAUGCCGUUACUACGGUUACAGUCUCCUUCCUCAUCAACCAGCAGUGGUGCAGGAGUGACACUUGUAUCAUCUCGGUCAUUAGAAGCCACUCCAACCAGUCCUUCUAAUGCAUCUGUAAUGAAAGAAGGUGGUUCACCACAUCAGUCUGAAAUUCCUACAGCGAUCCACAUGAAACCAGACAAAGGUGCACCAGUUUUAAUUUCUACCUCAGGUUCGAUGGCACACCAGUCUCAGAUAGCUGACGAUUCUUACGGUGCUAUGCCAGUAAGUGAAAUGGGUGGAUAUGGUAAAGGGAAAUCACAGAAAGGAAGUUAUACAAUUACUGCAGUUAGGACGGUGGGUGAUACUUCCAUCAAGCCCCAUCACGUUCAAAGUCGUCCUAUCACAGAAUGGCAGAAUACAAAUGUACUUCAAUGGCUGAUGCUUCAUGAACAAGAGCAGCAUAUGCCCGCAUUCCAGAGUAAUAAUAUUAAUGGUAUUCAGUUACUGCAAUUAGAUGGUGCCAAACUUAAGGUGUGUAAGCUCAAUAUGAAAUGUAAAAACCCAGUUUAA